GUUUCCAGCUGUGAAUGACAGUAAUUUCUUUUCCACCGCCCGGCCCAACUCUUGGAUGUAAAUACUAACAGUAGCACAUCUUUCUCCUGCCAACUCCUAACUGACAAAUAUAAGAAUAUUUUCAUCCUCACCCAGACAGCAUUAUCUGGAUCAGUGUGCCUCAGGGGAUAAUAAAGGAUUACUUAGUGCUUCUAAUAGCGGAUUAGGGCUCACUUCUUCGUCGCCGACUCAGCAAUCGAAAAUCAUGAAACUAAGUUGACAGACGCUCGACACUGGAUACCUAUAAGUCUAGGUUUUUCAUUCAUGCACAGUUUGACACGCACAGUGGUGGGAAAAUAUUGUUUCAUUGCAGUUUUACUCCUUUUCUUCUGCUAAGAAUUUCACAGAGUACUCCAUUGAUUCUUCUAACAUCACACGAAGAGGUCAAAUCGGCUAAAAUUACUCAACCGUUUAGCAAUAUAAUUAAUGUAAAUUUUCUAAGCCUUAACAUAGUUAAGCUUUGACUUUUCCUAUAGUUUAUUAUCCGUCGGAUAUUUUAACAAAAUCGGUCAAAGAAUGACUAGAAAUUUCGUAGAAAUCCCAGAAAAUUGACCAAGUUUUUCCAAUUUUUUUUUGUGUGUACUGUACUGCUCAAGUUGAGUUUAUUCAUACUACUUUAAUGCGCUAUAGAGGGACGUAUUACAAAGCCUCAGGUAUCCAAUUUUGCCCAAAGGUACUCAGGAUUCAUUUCUACGAAGAAUGAUUGUUCUAGAGGACGACAAGGGGAGGGGCACAGUGAAUAUUGCAGGUGCACAUCACUGAGGGAUGUUAAGGCAGGUACACACCUUACCGUAGAUGGCAAUUCAACCUGACCCUUACUGAGCCCACUCCGGUGAAUAAUAAGGAAUCCUUUUAAAUCCCCUUCGACCCACUACUCCCACCUUGUAAUGAAAAGGUAGGGCCAUGGGCCUAACUAUCCAGUCAGAAUUUACCUCGUCUUUAACACGUACACAAAUGGAGUGAUAUUGUGUCACCAAGGUCUGGAUCACAAUUAAGUUUGAAGAAUGGAUGCUAAUGGGAAACCGUACAUUCAAAUACUGGAACAACCAGCCAGCAGAGAGUUUCGAUUUCGUUAUGAAUGUGAACGGCGCUCACAUGGAAGUAUACCUGGAGUACAUACCACCGUCGUGAAGAAAACCUAUCCGAAGAUCAGGGUGAUGGGACUGACCACAAAUGCCUACGUUAUUGUCUCUUGUGUGACUAAAGAGCGGCCCUACAAAGUUCACCCUCAUCGUCUCGUCAGUAGAGACAAAAGUUCGAAUCAUGGAGUUUAUGCAACGAUAGUGCGGCCCGACAUCGACGAAGUUGAAUUAAAAAAUAUAAGCAUUCAAUGUGUCAGGAAAAAAGACGUUCAAAAAUCUCUCGAUGAGAGGAAGCUCAUUCGAGUGGAUCCAUUUGAACAAGGCUACGCUCAUGCUGAGGAUCCAGGAUCCAUUGAUCUCAACGUAGUGCGAUUGUGUUUUCAAGUCUACCUCUAUGAUCCCGUCACUGAGAAGUGCACAAUUAAACUCACACCGGUUGUGUCUGAUCCAAUUUAUGAUAAGCAGACAGCCACGAAUCUAAAAAUAUCUAAAUUGAGUAGGAAGGCGGCUUCGGUCGCUGGAGGCACAUUAUUGACUAUAUUCGGAUACAGAGUGGUAGAAGACGAGGUGAAAGUUCGUUUUUUCGAGGUAAUAGGUGAACACCUCGUUUGGGAAACCUUACAGGAUCCCAUUCCAAGGGAUAAGUACCAGGAUCAGACAAGGAUUUCUGUCCUUAUACCUCCCUACACCUGCGGAGACAUCAAGAGUCCCAUUCGCAUCUUAAUCCAACUCACAAAGCCCUCGACUGGAGAAGCUGGCAAAGCCGUUCCCUUCAUAUUUCUUCCUGUAGAUUAUGACACGGAUGAUGAAGAGACUGGAGUAGCUGAUACUUCCUCGAAGAGGAAAAGGCCUGUCAUUGAUAGCUGUGACUCGUUGGAGGUCUCUAAUAUCCUACCACCAUGUCCCAUCGAACCCCCAAAUCUGCCACCGUCUCCAGACACAACCAAUCCAGACUCAACUGUGCCAAAUGAAGAGAUUGAACCAUCCAAAUGCCUGGACGAUAUCCCCCAGGAGAAACAAUAUGUAUAUUCCAACAAAACUUUAAAUGCUGGAGGAUUCGUGAUGCCUUAUCACAAGCGACCAAAGUAUUACGAGCAUCCACCGUUUCCAACGGCUCCACGUGUACCAUAUCAUCCAACAAUGUACCCCCCGCACUUUGGGAAUUCUAAUAUGUAUCCAAUGAGUUUCAACAAUCCGCAGUGCAACUGCCAGUACUAUCCACCAAUGCCAUCGCAUUGCAAUUCAGUUCAAUUAUGUAUGCCGCAGCCCUCUUCUUAUAUGGUUCAGUGUCCACAUUUUGGGGGCAAUUUACCUAGAUUCAAGGACAGAUGCCAAGUGCCUAUCCAUGACCAACGCAACAGAAACUCGCAACCUAAGCCAAUCUUGACCAGUGAGCUUGGCCAGAGCAUCGUAAAAGUGGAUCUGAGAGAAGUUCAGCCGCCCAUUAGGUUUGAUGUCAAUCCCAAUGAUCAUCUCCACGCGAUCGGAAAUAUAAUGGACCUGGAUAUAGACAGAUACAUUGAUUCUCUUUCUGGCACACUCAGUGAUAUUAAGCUGAAUGAUGAAGAUGGUAUCCUGGUAAUCUGCGAUAAUCAACAAGAUGGGCAUGGGCAAGUGCAGCCCGGUUCUGACUCAAUUGUAAAAUGGAGUUCACACGAGAUGAAAUCAUACAAAGAUUAUGAUUAUAAUACGAGGAACAUGCUUCACAACAACCGAAACCGUAUGGAGUACGACUUAUUAUCAAAUGUUGAAAUUGCAAAUGAAAAUAACGGUACGUCUCAGAAAUCCCAAAAUUCUCCAGAGCUAGAAAGACAAAACAACACCGAGGAGAAUCUCUUACUGGUCUGCGACGAUACGAUAAACGAAAUUUUAAAAAUUUCGCAACAACAGAACUUAUAGCGUAAUAAUGCAUAUAGAAACUUAUGUCAACUGCCAACGAGUUAUUUCUGACACUUAUCUGACAAAGUUGUCCUCGAGUACUAGGCAAUUUGUGAUAUUUUACUCUUUCUGAUUGUGUAAUGACGUAUAGUAUUGUAGUUAUCCCUAUAAAUAUACAUAUUGUUAAUGAUUUUCGCAUGUACUAUAGAAAGAGCUCACAUAUGAAUAAUACACUUUUUAAUUCUUCGGUGUUCAUCCAUGUAUCAAAUUCUGCUCACAUUUCUACAGAAUUUUUAUAUUUUUUAUAUAUUCUUUUAAAACAGUUAGACCUACAUGUUAAAUGUAGGUCAAGGUCGCCUGAAUGGAGUUUUUUUGAAAAUUUUAUUUAUAUUAAAUGUAGGUUAUGAUCACCGGUGGGCUUGCGAGUUUGAUAUGAAUAUAAUUUUAAAUAAAAAUGCAUUAAUUGAAAAAAAAA